GAACGUCAUUGGCGGGGGCCGUCCCACACUGAUCGUCACGGAGAGGGCGGGGCUUGCAGUAAAUACGAGUCGCGCUGUCGCAGGGGCUCAGGUAACGAUACAGACGGGAUUGUCGAGACUCCUGCCGGGAACUGAGGAUGUUGCCAGGACGAUGCUAGGGGGAGGAUGGGCAGCGCCGCACUUCGCUGUUUCUGCUAUGGCUGCCUCUUCACGUCUGUGACCUGGACGCUUCUCCUUUUCAUCUACUUUAACUUCAGUGAGGAAACCCAAGGCGUCAGACAUGUGCCCAUCAAGGGGUUGGAGCCCUAUAAGCCUCUCCCUAAAAAAAUCUACCCUCGCCUCUCCAGGGACUCCGCCGGGCAGCCCAUCGCCUCUCACCAGGGCCUCAAUGGAAAUCAGCUGGAAACCAAGGCCGAAGCCAACGCCGAUCUCUCCCCGGAAUUGGGCAUGAUAUUCAAUGAACAAGAUCAGGAUGUGCGAGACGUUGGAUACCAGAAGCACGCCUUCAAUCUGUUAAUCAGCAAUAGACUUGGCUACCACAGAGAUGUGCCAGACACAAGGGACUCCAAGUGCUCCAAGAAGACUUACCCGGCUGAUCUGCCCCAUGCCAGCAUUGUUAUUUGCUUUUAUAAUGAAGCCUUUUCUGCCUUGCUGCGCACUGUCCAUAGUGUGUUGGACCGGACCCCAGCCCAGCUACUCCACGAGAUCAUACUAGUGGAUGAUAAUAGUGAACUAGAUGACCUGAAGAAGGACUUGGACAAUUACAUGCAAGAGAACCUUUCCGAGAAAGUGAAGCUCGUGAGAAACAAACAGCGAGAGGGGCUGAUCCGUGGCAGGAUGGUCGGGGCUUCUCGUGCGACAGGCGACGUCCUUGUCUUUUUGGACAGUCACUGUGAGGUGAAUGAGAUGUGGCUGCAGCCCCUUCUUGCCCCUAUCAGAGAGAACCCCAAAACAGUGGUCUGUCCUGUCAUUGAUAUCAUCAGUUCUGACACCCUAAUCUACAGCUCUUCCCCUGUUGUACGUGGGGGGUUUAACUGGGGCCUACAUUUCAAGUGGGAUCCCGUUCCUCUCUCAGAGCUGGGAGGCCCUGAGGGAUAUACUGCUCCGUUCAGGUCUCCCACCAUGGCCGGGGGUCUUUUUGUGAUGGACAGGGAAUACUUCAACACAUUAGGACACUAUGACAGCGGCAUGGACAUCUGGGGUGGUGAAAACCUAGAAAUCUCUUUCCGGAUCUGGAUGUGUGGUGGCAGCCUGUUGAUUGUACCCUGCUCCCGGGUCGGCCAUAUUUUCCGUAAGAGACGCCCUUAUGGUUCACCUGGAGGACAUGAUACCAUGGCCUACAACUCCCUGCGCCUGGCACACGUGUGGAUGGAUGAGUAUAAGGAUCAGUAUUUUGCUCUGAGGCCGGAGCUGAGGAAUAAAGAUUACGGGGACAUCAGUGAGCGUUUGGCCCUGAGGAAAAGAUUGAAGUGCAAAUCCUUUAAGUGGUAUCUGGACAAUAUCUACCCCGAGAUGCAGCUCCCCGGGCCCAACGCUAAGCCCCAGCCCCCUGUGUUCAUUAACAAGGGACAAAAAAGACCAAAAAUACUGCAGCGAGGCAGGCUGAUCAACAUGCCGACCAAUAAAUGUCUCGUAGCACAGGGGCACCCCAGCCAGAAAGGAGGAUUAGUGGUGACAAAGGAGUGCGACUUUAAUGAUUCUGAACAGGUAUGGAGUUACAACGAGGAGCACGAGCUGAUUCUGAGCAACCUGCUUUGUCUGGAUAUGUCCGAGACCCGCUCGUCUGAUCCCCCUCGACUUAUGAAAUGCCACGGCUCAGGGGGGUCUCAGCAGUGGGUGUUUGGGAAAACCAACCGUCUGUAUCAGGUUUCAGUUGGUCAAUGCUUAAAGCUCGUGGAUCCGCUCAGCCAUAAAGGCUACGUGUCCAUGGCAAUCUGUGAUGGAUCCUCUUCCCAACAGUGGCACCUGGAGAACUGAGGCCCAAUUCUAACAACAAGGUUACAAGAGGCAUUACUUGCCCCCAAGCUGCUAUUUAAUCUCAUGCUGGUGAGCCCAGUCCGGUUGUGCUGACACUGUGCAUGGCAGCGGCUCCAGGAAGCCAGAGGAGCCCACCAACAGGUCACACGUGGGGGAUACGGUUACAGAGAUUUUGUUUUCAGAAACAGAAUUUGCCAUUUUUUUAAAGAAAUAAUUUGACAAUUUUUAUCUUAUUUUUUUUUUUAAAACUGUAUUUUAAAUUGUAGAGUUAAAAAUGGAGUGUUUUAUUUGACAGCGUUUUAUGUGACCGCGUUUUAUGUAAGUUGGUUUUAGGUACUCGGCCUGCGCUGCUGUUACUAACUAGUCACUGCCUGUGCCGUCUCUAUUAAACUGUUUUACCUUC